AUCCGGUCUAAGAAAGCUUGAGGUCGUUAUUCUUCGCGCGAUUUCUCUCUGAAAGCAGUCUACAGGAAGCGGUGGAGCUCAGUUGAUCGCGUUUCAAUGGCAUCAAUGACAGUCGUUGCAACUCUCUCUUCUCUAGUCAGUUUAACUUCUGAAUCAAAGGUUCGACACUAUCAAUUGAUUACGCCUCAAUGCCUUCUUGAAUCUCGCAUUCCAUCUAUUGAACGAAGUUCAAUCUUUGAUCGUAGACAACUUUUAGUAUCAUCUGUUGGCCUGUUAGCAACUUUCCUAUCGAGUUCUUCAAUAGACAGAGUUGCAUCAGCGGCUGAGUUUACUGAUAUGCCAGCAUUGAGGGGAAAGGAUUAUGGGAAAUCUAAAAUGAAAUAUCCAGAUUACACAGAAACAGAAUCUGGUCUUCAGUAUAAGGACUUGCGGACUGGAGCUGGCCCUGCACCAAAGAUAGGAGAAACCGUGGUGGUUGAUUGGGAUGGUUACACUAUUGGAUACUAUGGACGAAUAUUUGAAGCUCGAAACAAGACUAAAGGCGGUUCUUUUGAGGGCAAUGACAAGGAUUUCUACAAAUUCAAAGUUGGAUCUCAACAGGUAAUACCAGCUUUCGAGGAAGCUAUUUCGGGCAUGACAAUAGGUGGUGUUAGAAGGAUCAUUGUCCCUCCAGAACUAGGGUAUCCAGAUAAUGACUUCAAUAAGUUGGGGCCAAGACCAACUACAUUUUCGGGUCAACGGGCUUUGGAUUUCGUGCUGCGUAAUCAAGGUUUGAUAGAUAAAACACUUUUAUUCGAUAUCGAGCUCCUAAAGAUUAUACACAACUAAAUAUGAAUUCCCAUGUUUUAAUUUAGUACUUAUGUGUAACGAAGCAAAAAUUUCCAUAUGGAAACACUCUAUUUCUGAAUCUGAUUCCAUAUAUAUCAUA